CCCUUUUAUAUUUUCUUCUUUUUAUUUUUAUUCGUACUUAUUUCUCAUAUUUUACUGCCCUAAAUUACGCACAAAAUCAAGAAAAAUGAGUUCAGCAUUGAUAAAGUUGGGAGCUUUUCUUGGAGUUACUGCGGUGGCAGCUAAUAGCAGUUUGUAUAAUGUGGAAGGAGGACACAGGGCUAUCGUUUUUAAUCGUCUCGUUGGUGUUAAGGACAAGGUUUAUCCUGAGGGGACACACUUCAGAAUCCCCUUUAUUGAAAGAGCCAUCAUCUAUGAUGUUCGUGCACUACCCGCUUUAAUUGAAAGCGAUUCUGGUAGCCGUGAUCUGCAAAAGGUGAACAUUGGUCUUAGAAUCCUUCAUCGCCCGCUUCCAGAUCAACUACCUACAAUUUAUCGAACUAUUGGUCAAGACUAUAGUCAACGAGUUCUACCUUCAAUUAUUCAUGAAACAUUGAAAGCUGUGGUUGCUCAAUAUAAUGCUAGCCAACUCAUUACCCAAAGAGAGGCUGUUAGUAGAGAAAUACGCAAAGUACUAAUUGAGAGGGCAGCUAAUUUCAACUUGACAUUGGAUGAUGUGUCUAUUACAAAGUUGACCUUUGGCCAAGAGUUCACUGCAGCUAUUGAAGCAAAGCAAGUCGCUGCACAGGAAGCUGAGAGGGCGAAGUUUAUUGUGGAAAAGGCUGAACAAGAUAAGAGAAGUGCUAUUAUCAGAGCUCAGGGUGAGGCAAAAAGUGCACAGCUGAUUGGUCAAGCUAUUGCCAACAAUCCAGCAUUUAUCACUCUCAGAAAGAUCGAAGCUGCCAGAGAAAUUGCACUCACAAUCGCGGCUUCAACUAACAAAGUGAUGCUGAAUGCUGAUAACCUGUUGCUGAAUCUCACGGAAAUGAAUCUGGAAAAGAACUAGAAGCAGAAUGUUGCUUGGAUUUAAAUACAUUAUGCUUAGAUAUCGGUUAUCUGAUUACCGUUACCUCUUUUGUUAACCUGAUAAAUAACUAUCAUGGAGGUCGCGAUGCGCAUGAAAAGCAUGAGUUUGUUUAUUAGAAGUUGGACAUGUUAGGAUAUGCAUUGUGAACCUCAGUUUCUGGUUGCUUAAGCAUUAUGCUACCUUACUAAUUAUCUCAACAGGUUAAGCUUUUGCAUA